AUCAUUGUUUUUCUUUUGACUGACGUCGCACGUCAUUCUGGAAAUAAAGAGUGAGGUCGAGUGACUGUGUAUUUCUAUACUGUUUUACCUUAGUGUUGACUUUAACGAAAGAUGGCGACUUAAUGCGAGGGUUAAAGGAUCUCUGGCUUUCAUGAAGCAACGACAUGAUAAGACUGGAUAAUGAAAAGGGAGAGAAUAGACGUAAUAUUCCUUUGGAUGGCAUAAACUCUUGUGGCCUAAAAGAAUGAGUCAUAGAUGGGCUCCAAAUACCUGGGUGAAAGUAAGCAGAGCAUUUGUUUUGUGGCAAACACAUGCUUGCAAGUCAGCAGCAUCACUUCACUUGUCUGGUACCUUUCACUGUAGGCCUCAUGCACAACAGCCUGUUUGCAACAAGGUGGGAUAUCUCAGCCGGAAGCACAUCCACCAAACGAGGAACAGGGGUCGUAGAGGAUGGCUCCUUAAAGCUAACCAAGUGAGACAAAGGCUUGGACUCCACACCAGCACCCUGUAUUUGAACACUUCAGCCUCACGUUUGUCUGCUCGUUUGAGCCAACACAUGUCACGGGUCAGGAACACACUGGACACAGUUUCUAAAGCUGUGAGUGGGACACAUACAGAGCUUCUCUCCAAAAUUUCCAGGCUCAAACCUAAUGCUUUAAAGGCUUUGAAUAAGGCUGAGGUCAGUGUUGAGUCAACGCCAAAAGCUGAGGAAGGUGCAAUCACAACUACUCCUACUCCCACUAAUGUUGCUCCUCCUACUACAUCUACCACACCCAAACCUAUAAUCAACUCAUCUUCUGCUUCUGCUGCUGCAUUUGAUGCAAGUGCCACUACCUCCACUCAUUCUCGCAUUUCUACAAAAGUAACUGUCGCUGCCACAGUUCUGACUGUACGUGAACUUAAGGAGAAAAGACUUCAGCUCGUUGUUCCUGCUGUAAAUGCCAGUUGUUCCAGGAAGGAUGAGGAGCUUAGAUCUUCAUCAAGCGGCACAGAGAACAAGAGCACAACCUCCAAACAAACCACAGCACUUUUCCAUCCCAGCACCUUUACAGUCAGCUUGGAUGAGACCUACAACUACCUGGCCCAUCACAUCAACUCAUACUUUGGCAGCAGUACAAAGACUCAGGACAAGAAAGUGGACAAUGUUGACUAUUCCUCUGCUUCCUCUCAGGGUCAACAAACUAGUGACUACAUGUCAGUGUCUGAUAAAAAAGACUCUGCUGCCCCAAUUACCCCUCCUUCCUCUAAGAAGGGUUUAGGGCACUACCUGUCCUACUCAGCUCCCACUGUCCAAGCCUUUGUAGGGAGCUACAUUGCUCCCUUGGUCCCUAAGUUCAGGACAGGAGAGUCCAAGAUUGCUACAGUGGAGGAGAAGAAGCUUGAGGAUGCAGCAGUGAAACAGGUUGAGGCCACAAUUAGUAAGGAGCAGAAGGCUGCAGAGGAGAAAGCCAAGAAACUUCUACUCCAAAGGGAAAAGAUCAUUGCCAGGGUGAGUGUGGACAAUAGAACUCGGGCUCUGGUCCAGGCUCUACACCGGGCGUCAGAUGUAAGGGUCUACAUCAACAGGGUGGAGGACCUCAGCUACCAUCUACUGGAGUUUCCAGACACUCGUGGUCUUGCUGUCAAGGAGAAGGUUAUCCCUUGCCUCCUGCGUCUGAAGCAGGCCAAUGACCCAGGUCUGAGGGCAGCAGUUAGAGAAGCCCUCGCUCUGGUUGGCUAUCAUAAACCUGUUAAAGGCCGUGGCAUACGGAUCCUUUCCAUAGAUGGAGGCGGUUUAAGGGGACUUCUCGCUCUUCAGACUUUACAAAAGCUGGAAGCCCUGACCGGCAAACCCAUUUACAAACUGUUUGAUUAUAUUUGUGGUGUCAGCACAGGUGCUAUCCUAGGGUUCAUGUUAGGUGUGUUCCAAAUCCCGCUGAACGAGUGUGAUGAUAUUUACCGCAAGUUGGGCUCAGAUGUUUUCAAGCAGAACGUCAUUGUUGGCACUGUGAAGAUGGGCUGGAGCCAUGCUUUCUAUGAUAGCGAAGCCUGGGAGAACAUCCUCAAAGAGCAAAUGGGUUCUCACCUCCUGGUGGAGACUUCAAGAAACCCCGAAUGCCCCAAGGUGGCAGCGGUGAGCACCAUUGUAAACCGGGGCUCUCCCCUGAAGGCAUAUGUGUUCAGAAACUACAACCUGCUGCCCGGGGUUCACUCACACUAUCUGGGGGGCUGCCAGCACCACCUCUGGCAGGCCAUCCGAGCCACGUCAGCAGCCCCUGGGUAUUUCCAAGAGUUCACUCUGGGGAAUGAUCUCCACCAGGAUGGAGGUCUGCUCAUUAACAACCCCACAGCACUGGCUGUCCAUGAGUGUAAGUGUUUGUGGCCUAACACACCCUUGGAGUGUGUGGUCUCACUCGGUACAGGCCGCUUUGAAAACCCUGGCAAGAACAGCACCAACUACACAAGUCUCAAAACCAAACUCACCAAUGUCAUCAGCAGCGCCACAGACACUGAGGGGCGGAAAAUACUGCACUACAGGGUGACUUUGUUCUGGAUACGUCCCAUUGAGGCCCGCUGUAGUGGCAACCUCCUCCUUAUCACCUCUGGACACAGUCACCUCUGCUAUGCCUGAAUUUGGCUCGGUCCCCUCCCUGUUGCUGCUGCUGUGGUGCAGUGUAUGACCUAGAUGCUUCUCUGCACUUGCUCCUCCUGUAUUUGGGAUUAAGCUCUCCCUAGCUUUCCAGUGGGCUUUGUUAUUUAGAAACAGCAGAUUAGCAAAAGUGUUUAUGCAGAUUUUCUCUUUUUCAAAAGCUGCCCUCCUGUCCCAGCCUCCUACUUUGCCUUAGGUUUAUCAGUAAAGCUUGUUUGUUGUUGUGGCCUGAUGAGACUGAUCUAAUGGGGUUUUAGAUGUAAACACAGCUUCUUGUGGAACUAUCCUGUAACCCGAUCACAGACUCACUCAGUUAUGUUUGGUGGACUACAAAUUAGGUUCUCCAUAAGGUUUGGGUAUGUCAGACCAAUUCAGUUGCUGUCAGACCACCACCACGCCAAAGCAAAGUAACAGCAGCAGCUGUUAAGACCUGCAGAUGCAGACAUGUCCACGCUUCACCUACAAGGAAAGUAAUAGUUGCUGCAAUUUUCUUACAUCUCACGGUGAGUUCACACCCAUGGAUUCAAACAACUAGGACAGAAACAGCUGCUAUUCAAUGUGAAGGACACCUGGCUUUGUAGCCCUUCGCCACCCACUGAGCUCAAGAGACUCAAAGGCUCAGAUCUGUGCAGAUGUGCUCUGAAGCAGCACAACCGACAGUCAGGCAAGAACCAAUUACAAUCAUCUUGAUUCCAGAGGAAUCAGAAGCACAGAGUUGUUUACUACUUUAGUCCACUACGCGAAGGAACUUCUAAGUUUAAAUAAAAUGGACCGAAAGCUGAUCACUGCGGUCUCUGGCUUCCCAACUCUCUACAACUUGUCUUAAAUGAAUUACCAGGACAUAAAAAAGAACAAUGACAUGUAAAGAAAUCACAAACAAUGUUAGUGUGUUUGGCGGUGGAGGAUACUUGAGAAAACAACUGUCCAAUUGGAGCAGAGUAUUUAAAUUAAAUGCUCAACACAAUACACGCCCAGAACCACAGAUUCAUGAUACUGCCAACUAUUUUGUAUCUGUAUGUGUAUACACACUGUUAAAGUUUGCAGGUUUACAUCUAAUGUAGUUGCACUAGAGAGCUGCAAGUGAAACUCACUAGUCUUGGAUAAAAAUGUUCUAGGUCAUGUUCAUUAAAAAGCAGUGUUGCUAAGAGUCUAAAAACUAUCGUGUUUGUAUUAUAAUUUCAUUCACUUUGUACAAUUUGUGAUCAGUAUUUCUAAAUACUGAUUCUAUUUCAGAUUUUUUGUCAGUGAUAGUGAAGGGGUACAGAGCUGAUUUGGAACAAGCCUGAUAAUUCACUGUAUGUUAAAGAGUAUCUUAACACCACCUGAAAAUCUUGUUUUUCCUGACCUUGUGUGGUGUAAAUUCUCACGUUGCAGCAGUGAUGUACCAGUGUACCAUAAGUGAUCCUGUCACAUCUCUGUUGAGAUUUCAUGAGACAGCUGUGCACUCACAACCUUUUAUGAAAUCAACACAACUGUAUUUAACAAUUUUUGGUUGAUUAUGGCCCUUAAAUUUUGUUUAUAGUAAUGAAAUGCAGUACAUGUAAUAUAUUUCUUCACAUGCUAAGAUGCGUGAGUGUCCUGUAGCCUGUAGAAUAAAUGCUUACCUGCAGUUGGAGCCCAUCUAGGCUUGAAUAAAUUGUGAACCCCAGCACAGACUUUCGACAUAGAGCUAUAGAGAUUGCAAAAUCAGUUCUGGGUGUGCCGCAGAUAUGGAUCUUGAUAUUAAUGUACAAUAGUUUGCUGUUUUGCAGUCUGUUUUGAAAUACAGUAAUUCUGGAGUAUUAUUAUUAUUUGGUUUUCAGUACCUGGCAGUGCUGGAAAGAUGACCAACCUGGUCACUAUGUAAAUUGUUUUUUUGGGUUUUUUUUUUUUUCCGGAGCUUGUAAAGGUCUGAGACUCAAAUCUGUGAUGUCAUGAUUUUGUACAGCUACAGACAAUGAAUGAGAGGCUGUUUGAUUAUUUUUUUAAAUACCACCCCAAUACCUACCUGGUAAUACUUUCUAUAGACAGAGAGUCUCUGAGUUCUUAACAGUUACCACCCAACUUGUUCAAGUGAUAAGUCCAGAGCAGCACAAUGGUAGGUAAUAAUAUCAGGAACAAACUGUCUGCGAUUGACUGUUGCAAAUUUUGGAGACAGUUUAAAUUAUACAGUUAAAUUAUAGUAAGAUAGAAAAACAUAUUCAAUCUCUAGAAUUAACCACGUUAUCUCUUCAGUGAGUAAGCUUUUCUUGUCUCAGCAUUUUUAUAGUUGCCCUAUGUAUGGGGACAGCUGAGGCUCAGGAGGUUGAUGGUUUG